UUGGCUUAAAGUUGGCAUGGCAACACGACCCGUUCGCAACGAGCCGCGUUACGCAAAUGAAGUGCGUGUAGACAAUUGUAUAAAUAUUGUCACGGAUCAGUUAAAACGUCAAACUGUGUCGAUCAACAAAGGACCACCACACGCACUUGGCCGCAGGGUUUAUCCACUCGAAGGGGGCGACACGACAUCCCAGCUCGUGUUGUUUACUGUUUCUGCCUAAUGAAUAGCUUAAUUUAUACACCUUUAUCGCGAGAUCGACAGAAAGAAUAAUUUACUUUGCUUAAGAGCACACGGGAGACAGAUGAUUGCGAUUGUAAUGUUUUCUCACGUCUUGGUCGCUCUUCUGAGAUGCGGCAUUUUCUGUUACACCGUUGUCAAUCAAGCGUGAAAACAAUUCGGCGGUGUCGACAUUUACAGCGAGAUGAAUGCUGCAAAACACCGGCUGUGUUUAGCACCCAGCUAAAAUAGUUUAAGAUUACUGUUUUCGUUUUCAAGUCACAGAAAUUUGCAUUUCAAACGCUUUAAUUUAGCGUCUUCAAAACGGCCGACGUCAAUUUGUAUCGACAAGGAUUUUUUUUUUCUUGCUCCCCUCUCGCGACAGAACGAAAACUUUGUGAUAUGAUCUUAAAAUAUGGGCAAUUUCCGACACUAAUCCUCCACUCCUAGGAUAUUUUUUUACUAAGUCUUGCUAUUUCGGAUAACGCUGAACAGCUGUGCUGAAGGGUUGAAAAUUGCGAGUCCUUUCCGGACCCAGUUGGAAGCGAAGUAAUUCGCCAGAAAAUGCUGCAUUGAUUCGAACGUUUUUUAUCGAAGAUAGAGAAAUUCGAAAAUAAAAAAAUAGCGGAGGGAAUUUUGAAUAUUUGUUUCCGCUUUGCAGAUCUCUCGUGUUGUAUUUUGACUGCGGCUGUGAAACCGGAAUCUUAUUAUUGGCUUCGAACUGGAAAUUGACGACUUCGAAGGACGCACGCACGCGCGCAAAUUGGUCACGGUUGAUCAGUUUUCGCGGCAUCGCAUCCCACGUGGGCGUGCAUUCGUCGGCUCGCAAACAGACUGUUCCCACCUACUAAGCAUUUGGUUGGCUCGGAAGUGGUUUGUGGCUGCGUGAAAUUUGCGUUCGAUCAACGACAAGCUUGUCUGACAUUCGCCACUGAUAUCGUUGGUAGCAGCUUCUAGCUCUAGGCGAGUCAACUUUUCGACUUUGGGUCUCGCAUUUGGAAGCUUUCUUCGAUGAUCUGGUCGAAAUUCGCGAGUUUAACCGCGAAUGUUAUUGCUGUCACGGGUUGUUGGUCGUGAAUUUUUUUUUUCGACGCUACGCGACUAGUCUAGUGGCUAUGGAAAACGGCGCUGAGCGAACAACAACGGCGACGCCAGGAACUCGAAGCGAACCCGGUGAAAAGCGAUCUGGCGUUUUCGAGGACAUAGUUCCUCGAAAGAAACGAAGAAGAUGCGGUGCUUGUGAGCCCUGUCUGAGAAAAGUAAAUUGCGGCGAGUGCAGCAAUUGUGUCAAUAGAAAAACUGGUCAUCAGAUAUGCAAGUUCCGCAAGUGUAUUGAACUUAGAAAGAAAACGACAACGAACGUUGCGAAACGAGAUGCGGUUCAGCUGCGACAGGGUUAUAAUGAAGACGACAUCUCACCGGAAAGCUCGCGUCGCGUGAGUUGUUCUAUCGAAGAACCCGAUAAGCGAGCUGGCGAAGAUGGCGCUCAAAGCGAACUUAUCAACGAUUCAGAGCCUAGUGAAUGUAAACCGCAGAAACCAGAGUCGCCAGGGAAAAUUCACGUGCAGGAAAACGCCAAAGUACUUCAGCUGCAGAGCACAGAAAUCAGCGUUACCGCCGAGGAUCCUAUUCGUGUGAAUGAAACAGCGAGCGGUGUCGUUCAGCCCACUCGCUUAACCGAACCGGUCGCCGAAAACCUUUUGAGGAGCAGCAAGGUAGAAGUUUCCCGCAGAGAAAGCGAUUUUGAACCCCCUCCAUGCAACUGCCCAGUUUUAGGAAAAGAUGACAGUCCUUAUUAUACAUACUUGGGUGCUGCGCCAAACUUGCAUUCCCUUAGAAAUCUCUUAGAAGACAGGUUUGGCGUUAAAGGACCGGCUCUUAGAAUUGAACUGAUUGGUUUCACCGGAAAGGAGGGCAAAAAUCAGCUCGGUUGUCCCAUAGCCAGAUGGGUUCUUCGUCGGUCCAGUGAAGAGGAAAAAAUCUUGGUCAUUGCACGGAAACGUGCUGAUCACGUGUGUGAAACGUCACUUAACGUGGUGAACAUUGUAUUAUGGGAAGGCAUUACGCAGGAGCGAGCAGAUAGUCUCUACAAGGAGCUAAGUACAGUUCUGCCUCAGCAUGGCCUCCCUACAGCAAGAAGAUGUGGUAUCAAUGAAACAAAAUCGUGUGCCUGUCAGGGGGUUAGCGAGGAGACUUGUGGCGCGUCUUUCUCGUUCGGCUGCUCUUGGAGUAUGUACUAUAACGGUUGUAAGUUCACUCGAAGCAAAACGCCGCGGAAGUUUAAAUUGCUCGAUCCCUCCAAGGAGGAGGAAUUUGAAAAAAUGAUGCACAGUUUGGCAGCUGAUUUGUCGGUUGUGUACGAAAAGUUUGCCCCACAAGCCUUCGAUAACCAGGUAAGACAAGAAAAGGAGGGCCUCGAAUGCCGCAUCGGAAACAACGACAAGCGCCCGUUCUCGGGUGUCACGUGCUGUAUGGAUUUCUGUGCGCACAGCCAUAAGGACUCCAGGAAUAUGGACGGUGGAGCCACACUGGUUUGCUCCCUUCUGAGGCCAGGCUCUUACAACUCCAAAGAUGAACAGCUUCAUGUCCUACCGUUAUACCGCUUACUGGAUAAGGAUGGUUGUCCUGUGGCGCCAAAUUACUUCAUGCCCAGCCACUUUCUUGAGCCUCCUGUGGGUGUGUCUCCAGGGUACUCGACCGUCACAGGACAAGAAAAUUCUCCUAAAGGAAACAAAGCAGCAAACAACCAAGACCAACAGCUCAAGCAGGAGCGCAAAGAAAUCUUUCAGGAUGUAAACAACAACAGCAACAACGGCAAUCAGUCUUUCCUGUCGUUUGAUGGACAACGCAUCCCACACGGACAUGCGCAGACAAUGCACGGGUUUCCCAAUUCUGUGAUUCAUCAUCAUCCAGCCUCUAACCACGUGAUGAGCAAUUGUUAUAACGGACAGUACCCCCCUCAUGGCUCACCGUUGUUCCAGUUUCAUCCUCACCUUGGGAACGGCUUCGUUCUGAACCACUGCCGUGCGCCCGAGGUGCACUGGGUCGACGAGAACCACAUACCAUAUUUGUAUCGAAAUCCGGGACACCUGAACCACUACCACAACUCCAGCAGCAAUUACAAUAACUAUGAUAAUUACGAUAGAAAGGUUCCCAUUGUGAGUGGACCGUGGAACUGUCGGUUGCCUUUUGGUAAAUCCUUUGGGAUGAGCGGCACCCAGUCGAGUAGAGGUUCGGAGUAUGCAAAACCAAAGACGGUUAUUCACCACUACAAUGGUGCCCCUAACGAUAUCGUAAGAGACCCUUCUCAGAUCAAGUGGGUCGAUGAUAAGGAGGUUCCUCUGAUGAGAGCCUCAAACAGUGUUCCACUGGACGAGAAUGCUAAUGUAAAGGAAGACGUGGAAAAUCGAAAAACUGGCAAAGACCUCGUACACGUAGAACAUCCUCGUAAACCGUUCCAGAUCGAGGAGAAUAUGGGUGGGGUGGCUAUUGCUCUUACCCAUGGGUCUCUGCUCAUUGAGGUAGCGAAAAAAGAACUUCAUGCAACGACGCCUCUUAAGAAUCCCACUCGACAGCAUCCAACCCGCAUCAGCCUCGUGUUUUACCAACACAAGCACAUGAACCUUACACUUCAUGGCCUGGGAGAAUGGGAGCAGAAGGUGGCUAGGAAGAAGCUAGAAGGGGAAUCCGCUGCCAGCAUGGAGACGGAUGCAGCGGAGAAGGAGGCUUCCCCCGAUUCAAACGUGGAAGAGCGUGAGGUGGGAUAUCUGGACAUGCUGGCAGAGACGGCGCUUUCCAGAGCCGACAUUGAUCCUGGUGUUACAAACAGGCGUGAUUCUUAUGCGGCCCAUCCUGUUGAGGUAGCAUCGGUGAAUGCCAAUACUGUACAUCGAAAUGAGAUGCACGAUCCCACGGGUGCCCGUACUCCGACAGGUUCAUCAGAUCGUUUGCAAUGUACUCAACAAGUUAAGAAUGGAAUGCUUUAUCACGAAUUUUCAAGAGUACGUAACCACAUUAACUCUUCUAAGUUUCUUCCAGUUAAUGAGGUGAACGAACGUAGCGGACGAAAUACCGGUGAGGACGUUCCAUCUAAAUUGUCCCCAACAAAACCUGAGCAAAAUAACCACCUUCCCAAGCCAAUUGAAUUGGUCUCAGGUGGGACCCGUCAGGAGCAGUUAUGGAUAAAUGAGCUAAACACUUCACAGAACAAGGAGCCGUCUCCCAACACGCGGCAGCAAAGCUGGGGAUCUUCUCUUCAUUCCCAUCCAAAUAGCGAAGGACUAAAAAGCAAACUCUUGUUCAGUGAUGCGUCUACGAGUGAGGGAAGCAGGCUAACCUCAAACCAGGCCUUGCCAGGACAAAACGUCGAUGCAAUUCAUAGAGAGCCAUCGCAGGAUGAAGGACUCAAAAACUUCUCUACCCCUAACGGGGUGAUCCCUGAGAGGGUGUUGAAUAUUCAUGCUAGGAGUUUAGGCUCCCAUAAAGAUGUUGUCGCUGAACCGUCUACGACCAAGCCACGCGAGGAACGUAGCCACACUGGCUCCAACUUCAGUGUUUCAAGGCUUUUAGGAGAUGAAAACAACAAAGAGAGCAAACCUAGUAGCGGUGCUUCCUCGUCGUACCGGAUAAGCAGCAUUCUUGGAGACGAGAAAACGUUACCAGGCGGACAGGGUGAAACUGAGCUAGAUAAGACUCGUCAGCCCAUUUGUCAGGCUCGGUCGUCUGAUAAGGAGCCUGAGGUCUCCACGAGGCACCAUUCUGUUUCAGACCCUCCGUUGCAAGUACCGACUGUUCCUGUCACUCCAAGAUUUCCAUUUAUGCCGCCAUUUCCUCAUUCCGCAGGGAACAGAGACAAAUUUUCUGCUGGUCCAGAAAGAUCUUAUCUUGACUUCUCAAUGGCGGCCAAUCGCCUGUUCGGGUACAGUCCGUACAAAUUCGGAGUUCCGUUCCCGACUUAUCCCAGUUUCUUCAUGCCGCCUUUCCAUCCACUUUUAGCGGCGGGAAAUGGGCUUUCGUCGAACUUAGCUUUAGUUAAUUCGCAAAACUAUUUGUCCUCUUUUGUGGAUUCUGCGAAGCGGAUCGGAGAAAUGAGUGGCAUGGGACUUGAUCCUGCAUCGCUGACAACCAUUUCCACUGCGACGCGGACUGGUGUGAGUUAUCCAAUAGACACGCUUAUUACUGUUGCACCUUAUACUCAAACCUGUGUCACAGGUCAUUACCAGAACUGGCUUUGAUCCUGCUUGUGCCACAGGAAACUAUCAAAACUGGUUCAGUAAGUACAAACUGAUGUAAACCUCUGAGGUUAUUCGCAGACAAGGUGCUUAAUUGUUAGUUGUACACAAUAACGCCGGGAUCGCAUAUUUUGAUCAUACUUAACACGACUUACUGAAAGCUGUUCUGCAAGCUUUUGCUUUGCUUAGCUGGAGUGCACAAAGUUUUCUCUUUCGCGGUUAGUUCUUCCUCCUCUCAGAGAUGUCUGGGACUGGGCCUGAAAAAUUCCAUUUCGAUUACGUAGCUCUAAUGAGAGAAUUGUGGUGUCUGAUUGGUUGUUGCUCAGUUUUCGCGCGUAAAUAACGACCAAUCAGAGAGCUGCAUGGAUCUCAGUGGUGCUACGAAUUCAGCACGGAAUAUAUCGUCUCGAAUUACCGACGACUUUGGAGCGGGGAAGGAUUGACCUCGUUGAAAGAAACUUUUGUUACUCCAGCUAGUUUGUGUCUUCAAGAAAGACGUUUCACGCGGUUCACCUCGAGCUUAGAAAUACAAUUUUGCAGGAACAGUUUGUUCGACAUUAAUAGCCUUGUUUCUCGAGCCAUUCUGGCCCAAAGCGAGAAAUCUUCAUAGUAAACACGUAAUCAGCUCCCGUGGGGGACCCCCAUGUUAAAAAGUCGGGGACGCUCGUAGGAAAAUUUCAAUGAAACUACUGUGGAGACCAAUCUGGGUGCGGCUCGGACUUGAUUUCACCCCGUAAGUAUACCACUUAAAACGAAAUAGGCUCUAUUUCCAGCCGCUGUUCAGGAAGGGAGCCCGCGCUAAUAGACCGGAC